AUGGUUCUGGGUCGUCUAGCCCAUUACACGCUCGACGUGGUUCUGCUUGCGACGGUCGCGGCCGGCGUCAAAAGGAGCACCGGGUUCCAGUCAGUCCACACCAUUCCUCCGUACCUACAAUGCAGCUUCGACACACGAGUCCUGACGAUCGUUUUCCUUCUUUAUUCUUACCGCACCCAUUCAUCCCCCACUCCUACUUGGGCUCCAUCUACGCACGACACGCUGUCCCCCCCCCACUUCCCCUCUGCGUCCCCCUCCUCAUACCCCACCUGCAGAGUCUCGACCCGAGGUCUCCCCGAAGGCCCUGUACAACAAACGGCGGAAACGGUGCUCGGCGUGGGGGAGAAGGUGUUCGACUACACCGCCGCGCUGAGUUAUUCGAGUGGGUGGUUCGAGCGCGAGUUGCCGACGGCGGCGUCGAACUUGCCCAGGAAGUGA